AUGGCAGAUGAGGGUGAGGAGGAGUGUGGUAAUGAGUUCCCAGCCCAUUAUAAAGUCAUGCUGGACAAACUGAAUGAACAGAGACAGCUGGACCAGUUCACAGACAUCACUCUCAUAGUGGACGGUAAGCUCAUCCCCAGUGAUGUUUGUUGUAUUGCAGAAAGUGAAGGUGCAUCUUUAGCUUGUCCACUGAAAGUUAGUUAUAUAUUUUGUUCAUACAAAAACAGCCUUGUUUCAGCCAUGUAGGUUAAUAGUAAAACAAACAAAACGUUUUUUAAUGUCAUUGUGUUAAGGAAAAAUGUCCACAUUGUAUGAAGGAUUCUGUUAUGUGCUGUACCAUUCAUGUGUUCAUCUUACCUCUGAUCUGUAGGGCACCAGUUCAGGGCUCAUAAGGCAGUGUUGGCAGCGUGCAGUCAGUUCUUCCACAAGUUCUUCCAGGACUUCACACAGGAGCCACUAGUGGAGAUUGAAGGUAUGUACUGCUGAACCACUGACGCAUCCACUGACGUCUGUCUGUCAUCAAUCAAUCAAGAAAAUAAACGAUAGCAGAAAGCGUUAUAGCCCCUGAGAAACAAAACAAAGGCCUACAUCCACUUCUCAUAAUAACUAUAGACUAUCACGCGAUAACCCAAUGUACCCAUCAAUCCCCUGUGUUGUGCAGGAGUGAGUAACUCAGCUUUCCACCAGCUGAUGGAGUUUACGUACACGGCUACGCUGGCUGUCAGUGGGCCAGAGGAGGUCAACGACGUGUGGAAGGCAGCAGAGUACCUCCAGAUGCAGGAGGCCAUCAAGGCCCUCAACAACAGGUUGGACUGCCAUUAUAACAUCUUACAGUGCCUUCAGAAAGUAUUCAUACCCCUUGACUUAUUCCACAUUUUGUUGCGUUAGAGCCUGAAUUCAAAAUAGAUUAAAUUGUUUUUUUUCUCUCACCCAUCCACACACAAUACCCCAUAAUGACAAAGUGAAAACAUGUUCAUAAAAAUGUCAGCAAACUUAUUGUAAAUGAAAUACAGAAAAUAUUCUACCCCACCCCCCCCCCCAAAAAAAAAUAAAAAAUAUAUAUAUAUAUUGUAAAGUGGUUGUCCCACUUGCUAUCAUAAGGUGAAUGCACCAAUUUGUAAGUCGCUCUGGAUAAGAGCGUCUGCUAAAUGACGAAAAUGUAAAUAUUAGAAACACCUUUGGCAGUGAUUACAUUGUGAGUCUUUCUGGGUACGUCUCUAAGCGCUUUGCACACCUGGAUUGUCCAAUAUUUGCACAUUAUUCUUUUUUAAAUUCUUCAAGGUCUGUCAAGUUGGUUGUUGAUCAUUGCUAGACAGCCAUUUUCACGUCUUGACAUAGAUUUUCAAGCUGAUUUAAGUCAAAACUGUAACUAGGCCACUCACUUGGUAAGCAACUCCAGUGUAUAUUUGGCCUUGUGUUUUAGGUUGUUGUCCAACUGAAAGGUGAAUUAGUCUCCCAGUGUCUGUUGGAAAGCAGAAUGAAUCAGGUUUUCCUCCAGGAUUUUGCCUGUGCUUAGCUCUAUUCCGUUUAUUUUUAUCCUAAACUCCCUAGUCCUUGCCGAUGACAAGCAUAUCCAUAUCAUGAUGCAGCCACCACCAUGCUUGAAAAUAUGAAGUGGUACUCAGUGUUGUGUUGGAUUUGCCCCAAACAUAACGCUUUGUAUUCAGGGAAAAGGUAAAUUUCUUUGCCACAUUUUUUGCAGUUUUACUUGAGUGCGUUAUCGCAAAUAGGAUGCAUGUUUUGGAAUAUUUUUUAUAUAUAUUCCUUAUUUUCACUCUGUCAUGUAGGUUAGUAUUGUAGAGUAACUACAAUGUUGUUGAUCCAUCCUCAGUUUUCGCCUGUCACGGCCAUUCCACUCUGUAACUGUUUUAAAGUCACCAUUGGCCUCAUCGUGAAAUCCCUGAGCGGUUUAGGAAGGAUACCUGUAUCUUUGUAGUGACGGUGUAUUGAUACACCAUCCAAAGUGUAAUUAAUAACUUCACCAUGCUCAAACGGAUAUUCAAUGUUUGCUUCUUUUUUUAACCAAUCUGCCAAUAGGUGCCCUUCUUUGAGAGGCAUUGGAAAACCUCCCUGGUCUUUGUGGUUGAAUCUGUGUUUGAAAUUCACUGCUUGACUGAGGGACCUUACAUAUAAUUGUGUGGGGCACAGAAAUGAGGUAGUCCAUGCAAUUUAUUAAGUGACUUGUUAAGCAAAUGUUUUACUCCUGAACUUGUUUAGGCUUGCCAUAACAAAGGGUUUGAAUACUUAUUGACCCAAGACAUUUCAGCUUUUCAUUUUUGUAUAAUUUGUCAACAUUUCUCAAAACAUAAUUCCACUUUGACAUUAUAGGGUAUUGUGUGUAGGCUAGUGACGCAAUCUCAAUUUUAAUAAAUUGUAAAUUCAGGCUCUAACACAACAAAAUGUGGAAAAAGCCAAUAAGUGUGAAUACUUUCUGAAGGCUAGCCCCCUUUUGGUGUGGUCUUAUGUUGGGUUCUAUUCUUGUUUUAAUGGUAUUUUAUCCCUGUCUGUUGGAACGUAAAGCACUUUGAAUGAAUAGAACCCUCUCUCUCUUUCUUCAUAGGAUGGGUGAUGGCACCCUCUUCCAGCUCUCCCAGGCUCUGGCAGCGGGGAAUAGCAAGGCCAAGAAGAGGAAGAUAUCUGAGACAUUUAACAUGAUCGCUGAGACUCUUCCGUCAGUGGAGGGGGAGCAGGUUAGAGAUAUACAAUGGCACAUUAUGUUUAUAGUUGUUAUGACAUAGAAUUAUGAUGUGCAUAAAGUGCUAAAAAGUGUCCCAAAUUAUCCUCUUCGUCAUCCAUCCUUUCCUCCUGAUACGUAUUGCUGUGCUGACCCCAGUCUGUCCUUGCAGGUGGAGAUUGAGGUGGAGAUCGGGGAGGGUACCAUCGAGGUGGAGGAGACGGGGCUGGAGGAGGUGGUGGACGCUGCUCGGAACGCCCAGGCAGUCUCGGACGACUCGGCCCUGGCUCUGCUUGCUGACAUCACCAGCAAGUACCAGCAGGGGGGGCUAACGCUGCACGUCCUGAAGAAGGAAGGACUGGACGAGGUAAACAAAGCACUCUGUUUGUCUAAUGCACGUGUAAAAACAACACACUUGGAAGGACCGUGACCAACCUUGAUUCAAUUUUUUUGUUUUGUUGAGGUUUACAAUCUCUCAAAACAAAUCAUCCUUUCAUCUCAAUGCAUCCAUACAUAAUGAAAAAUAAACGAUGGUAUUGGUGUGUGGUUGAUCCAGGAGGUGGUGUAUCAGGAGGAGACAGUGACAGCUCCCAAGACUCUCGAGAGUCUGGAGGUGGUCGAGGUCCAGAUCUCUCAGCUGGACAAGAUGUUCCGCUGCAACAAAUGUGAUCGCAGCUUCCGCCUCUACUACCACCUCAAACAGCACAUGCGCGCUCACAUGGCCGCACUGGACAAACCCCAUGCGUGUUGCCACUGUGGGAAGGCGUACACGCGGGAGGGGGCGCUUAAACAGCACCUGAACACAUUACAUUACGAGGCGGAGGAGCUGUCGCGCAGCCAGUGCCAGAAGAAGAAGACUCACGUGUGUGAGUACUGUGACAAGCAGUUUGACCACUUUGGACACUUCAAGGAGCACCUACGAAAGCACACUGGUAAGAGUUAUCAUACCAAGAGGGAUUCAUUCAGGGGUUCAAGUUCAUAUUUGUAGAAGUGCCAGAGUUAACUACACACUGAGUGUACAAAACAUUAGGAACAGAUGCUCUUUCCAUGACAGACUGACCAGGUGAAUCCAGGUGAAAGCUAUGAUCCCUUAUUGAUGUCACUUGUUAAAUCCACUUCAAUCAGUGUAGAUGAAGGGGAGGAGACAGGUUAAAGAAGGAUUUUUAAGCCUUGAGAUAAUUGAGACAUGGAUUGUGUAUGUGUGCCAUUCAGAGGGUGAAUGGGCAAGACAAAAUAUUUAAGUGCCUUUGAACGAGAUAUGGUAGGCGCACCGGUUUGAGUGUGUCAAGAACUGCAACACUGCCUGUUUUUUCACACUCAGCAGUUCCCCGGGUGUAUCAAGAAUGAACCACCCAAAGGAUAUCCAGCCAACUUGACACAACUAUGGGAAACAUUGGAGUCAACAUGGGCCAGCAUCCCUGUGGAACGCUUUUGACACCUUGUAGAGCCAUGCAUGCCCUGACGAAUUGAGGCUGUUCUGUUCAAGGUGUUCCUAAUGUUUUGUGCACUCGAUCGGUGUAUGCAGAUGUGCAUUUGUAGUUCCUAGGCAGACUAAAACAUAGCAUCAACAGCACUUCAUUGCACUUAUCAACAGCACUUUACUUCAACAACACCUUUCUUCUCUCUCUGAGUAGGAUCUCUUUGAUUGUGCAUUAAUGAGUGAGUGACCUGUUCUUGUGAAUGUGAAUCCGACCACCUCAAUAGGAUCUCCUGAUUUAUGCAAUGGAUGUAAUAAGUUGUUUAUCCCCUGUGUGUGUAGGUGAGAAACCGUUUGCGUGUCCAGACUGCCAUGAGCGCUUUGCCAGGAACAGCACAUUGAAAUGUCACAUGGCUGCCUGUCAGAACGGCGCCGGGGCCAAGAAGGGACGCAAGAAACUCUAUGAAUGUCAGGUGCAGAGAACACUCUUGGCUUUUCCUGAUUUACUUCCCUGAGUAGUGUAUUUGCUGGGUUGUUAAAUUACCUCUCCCCCCUCCCCAGGUGUGCAGCAGUGUGUUCAACAGCUGGGAGCUGUUUAAAGACCACCUGACGACCCACACAGGAGAAAAGCCUAACCACUGCACCAUGUGUGACCUCUGGUUCACCCAGCCCGACGACCUCCGCCAACAUCUCCGCGUCCUGCACGGCAUCACAGACGACAAGCUGAUAACCCAGGAACUGGUCAUCGCCGCCAUGGCAACGCAAGAGGAAGUGGCCGGGGAGGAGGAGGAGGGAGGCGGGAGAGAGACCCUUCUACUGGAGGACGGGAUGAGCGUGGAGCAUGUUACCGUGGAGCCUGUAGAUGUGGUAGCAUUGGAGGAAACGGCCAUGUUGGUUGAUGGGGAGGUGACAGAGAUGUGUGAGGAGGACAUAGAGAGACUGAAGGAAGCGGGGGUGGAGAUCCGGGUGGUGCAGGUGUCAGCGGAGGGACAGGUGAACUCUGAGAUCCAGGUGGAAGGGAGCGAGGUGGAGGAGGAGUCGCAACAGGCUGUUGUUGUAUGA